UAAAAGAACACCAAUGAAUGUUCCAUGCUUUAAACUAGUCUUACUCCUUCAGGAAUUAUUUUCCUUAGAACUAAUGGCUUCAAUGGAAUUAAAGGUAAACUUAGAGGAUGAAGAGAUGGUUUUCCUGGGAGGUUUGAAAACUCUUCUUCCCUGGACUGUCAGAAAUCUGAUUCGAUCAAAUAAACUCAAUAUUAGCAAUACCUCUGGACUGGCAGAAGGCUUUAUACAGGCAAAUGUUAUAAUUAUGCACAAAUCUUUUGCUGAUGACUUUGAAAAAUUUUGUCAAGCAAAUGAAGGGCCACUUCCCCUGCUAUAUAGAAGUACCCCAGGGGAAUGGAAAUGUCCUUUCUUGAGCAACAGUUCUGAUAUAAGAAGUGACUGCUUGCAGUACAGGAAAUAUGAGCAUGGAAUAUUCACAGGAAUUCUGACAAAUUUGAAAGAAUAUUCUGAACAGUUUAAAGACAUGGUGACCUUUUAUCUAGGCUGUAGUUUUACAUUUGAAAAAGCCCUCCAGAAAGCUGGCAUUCCUGUAAGAAAUGUGGAACAGAAAUGUAACGUAAGCAUGUACAAGACUGCUCUGCCUUGCUGUGAUACUGAAUAUUUUCACUGUAAUCUAAUAGUAACUAUGAGACAUAUUCCUAAAGACAAACUGAAGGAGUGUGUGCAAAUCACCCAUCCAAUGAAAAGAUCACAUGGAGCACCAGUUCACAUUGGUUCUUCUGGUUUGUUAGGAAUUAAAGAUCUUUCCAGUCCAGAAUAUGGUGAUGCGGUACAAGCUCAUCCUGGAGAUGUACCAGUCUUUUGGGCCUGUGGAGUAACAGGGACAGAAGCGGUCAUCAGUUGUAAAUCUCCACUGGCUUUUACCCAUUCACCUGGUUGCAUGUUUAUCACUGAUUUGGAAAUUGAAAAUGAUAUAGCUGGUAAUGAUAAAGAACUCCCUGAAGUCUACUGUAUUUGUCAGGAUCCUUUGCAUUAUAGCAUUGCUUCAACAGCAGCCGUAAAGAAAAUCAGAUGUUUAGAAGAUAUGAUAGGAAUAGAUCCAGGGAACAGAGGUGUGAAACACCUGUGUUCUCAGGAUGAACUUCUGAAGGCAUGCCUGUCGCUUUCCCAUGCAAAGUCGGUGUUGAUUACUACAGGAUUUCCCACCCAUUUCAAUUAUGAACCUCCUGAAGAAAAUGACGGGCCACCUGGAGCCAUUGCAAUGGGAGCCAUCUUGAAAGCCUUGGGAAAAAAUGUAGUUAUAGUAACUGAUCAAAGAGCUCUCGAUUUAAAUAAAAAGAUUAUCAAGGAAGCUGUUGAGCAAGAAAUACUGGAAACGCCAAUCCCUGUAAUCAGCUACCAAAGCAAUUCUGCAGAUUCAGCUCUGCAGUUCUUAUGUGAAGAUGGGAAUCCAGAAAAACCAAGAUUUAAUCAUUUGAUAGCAAUAGAGCGUGCUGGGAUGGCUGCUGAUGGCAAUUACUAUAAUGCACGUAAAGUUAACAUUAAGUAUUUAGUAGAUCCCAUUGACGAACUCUUUUUAGCUGCGCAAAGUCUCCCAGGAAUUACUACAACAGGUAUUGGGGAUGGAGGAAAUGAAUUAGGAAUGGGAAAAGUAAAAGAAGCCACAAAGAAGCACAUUAAAAAUGGAGAUGUUAUAGCUUGUGAUGUGGAAGCUGAUUUUGCAGUUGUUGCAGGGGUUUCCAACUGGGGAGGCUAUGCUAUUGCUUGUGGGCUAUAUAUCCUCAAUACAUGUGAAAUACAUGACCGCUAUCUGAGGAAAGCUAUUGGAUCUCCCAGGUUUUCCAAGUAUAAGAACUGGGCAUCAGCAUUACCUUCUGUGGCUAAGGAAGAAAACAUGUUGAAGAUAUUACAGCGACAUCACGUUCGCAGUGGAAAAACUGCAAGUUUGGCAAUGGAAGUGGAUGGUCUGCCAUUCUUUGACAUUCAUUCACAUUUAAUAGAGAGGCUGCUAGAGGAAACUUUCAAAUAAUACUCCCUCUCUAAAAAUAUGAUAUAUUAAGCAAUUUUAGUCCAGAAUAUAUAGUACCACCACACCCCAUAAUUAUAUAUCUUACCACAAUUUAGUCUGUUCCAAAUGUUGUAGAAGAAUCUGUGAUCAUACAGUAAAUUACUGGAAUAAUGUCAGUGGAGAAUAAUAGAUUUUCAGAAUGAUGCUCUUUUCAAUUAUCUGCCUAAAAUAUAUCAACAGUAACUUAAUCAAGAAUAUGUUCUCUUAGAUUUAAACAUGAUCCAUCUGGUGCCUCAUUUGCCAGAUCCCAUGUUAAAACUAUAAUUCAAGCAGUAACCAUUUAGUUUGAUUUCAAGAGUCAGCUGUCUAUUUUUCUUUGAAUUUCACCUCUGAGAAUCUAAGGAUGAAUCCAAUGGGAAGUUGCAGACACUCUUCUGAAACACUUCCUUCUCUUCCAUAACAUAAUAGGAAUAGAAGGGCCACUUAGGCUAUUGAGUUCAAGUCCUUGCUCAGUGCAAGCAUCCAGAUUAAGACAACCCCCACAAAAGUCUAGCUUUUCUUGACUUCAGCAGACAAUUGGUUACACUGUCAAACUGCUGUUAUUAGGAGGUUCUUAACUUUGAACCAGAGUCUGCCUUCCAGUAAUUUGGUUAUUACAUGUUCUGUCCUCUAGGAUGAUAAGGAAUGACAAAAUAUAUUUUGGCAAUGUAUUUUAUUUCAGGUUCAGUUUUUAUUCUGUGAACUAUUAAUAUUUGUAUUGGACCACAUGAUUUAACCAUUCUGACUUCUUUCAUUUUGUCUCCUAUUACUUUUGUUACUAGUCUCACUAAAAUUCCUAAUAUCCAUUGCUUUUGUUUGAGAAAUCCACAAUAAUUCUGAUCUAAACAUGACUGAAGAGUUUGAAUUAACAACUGUAACAUUUUAACUCAAACAUUUACAAACACAAGAUUACAAUACUGCUACAGCUUGUUUGGCAGUUCUUAAAUUAAUUGCUUAUGUGUAAUGCAAAGGAUAUGUACAAAUGUUACAAAAUUAGGUUUUGCUGUUUAUUCUUCUGCAUUAACAGUAUAAUAAAGAAAUAGUACUAAUUCCAAAUAAAAUACUAUUUUUUCUUGGUUUAUAAAGACAGGUUAGGGGCAUUUUUCUUUUUUUCACAUGCUAUACUAUUGUUUGUUUAAGGUAGUUUUUAAAUAAGUUUCAGUUGGCUGAGUUCCAAUAUUGGCCAGGAAUAAACUUCAGUAUCUGUGUUCAUACAAUAGGCUGAGUUGAAACCAAAUAAACUAUAUUAUGUUUAACUACUAGGCUACUAAUAAUUGACCUAAUCAUGGCUUAUUAAAAUUAACCUAGUUGUCUGGGUUUGCAUGACACUCCUAACCCUAAACUAACCACAUAAGCUGGGUUUUCACAAGAUGCUGGGGUAAAAAGUGGUCUGGCUAGUUUUUGCAAAGACUGCCAGUGGAUUAAGUACAAUGUGUGAACCAGAUAACUCUUGUUUGUUUAACUCAUGUGGUAGAAGGGAUCUGAAAAAUUUCAAAUGUUCUGACAUACAUUAUUUGCUAGACUUAACACAUGAUCAUAAAAAUGUAAUGCUUUGAUACCUACUUAUCAAGAAUAGAUGAUUUAAAUCUAGAAUAUUACUUUUUAUCCAGAGUAUGAGUCUGAAUAGCUUAUAAAAUAAACUUCAAAGUUAAUCUAUUUUACAUAACUAACACAUUGGAGUGAUGUUCUGAAUUGAAUAAAGUUUAUUAUUUUAAAGGAAGUAAGGAAUUCCCCAUGUGGAAAGAAUGCCAGUGUAGCAUAUUUAACUGUAUUUUUAAAUUAUGAGCCAUUUUACAGGCUAUAAUGAUUCUCAUACAGUACAUAUUCAGAUGUAAAAAAGUGAAGUGAGCAAAUCCAUCCAUGGAGAGUUUACAUCACUACUUGGGGGAGGGGAGACUCUGUUCAUAUUUCUUCUAUCUUAUGAACAACAUGGUGUUCAUUUAAUAAAUCCUGUGUUCAGAUCA